CCUUCAAAAUUUGUCCAGGUCGUCUCCGUAAUUCUUAUUGCACAUGUUGCUGAUACUCCACACUAUUCAGUCUUGGCAGCUUAUCUAGCAGAAGCAGCAAAGGAAAAUAUUUGAGGAAGAAGAUAGAAAGAAAAAGAUGCAUUGUAUUCAGCACAAUCCUUCUACCACAUCACUUUCUUCCUCUGCUUCAUCUAUACAUGGCCAGAAUAAAUUUAGCGAUAUCAGGACUCAGAGCAUUUCAGUUCGGGGAGAGAUGGUGGUAGGAAUGUAUCACAAUUAUAUAUUUCAAGUUGGAAUGGACAGUGGGCUUUUUGUUGGUAAGUGCUCGUGCUGUGGGAUGUUAUUUAGUUUAGAGACUGCAAUGAGUCAAGGAUCAGGGACAUACAUCUAUGCUUUGCUAAUAGGAUUCUUGGUGUUGUAUGCAGCUUACAAAACACAGGUUUCUCGUAAUGAAAACCUCGCUAAACUCCAAGCUGGUUAUUUGUUUCCAGAGGUCUGUCUCAAUGAGGCUGCACAUUUGUUAAAGUACCCUGAUGCCCACGUGAUCAGCCUUGUUGGUGACACCACAGAGCCCAUUCCACAAGUGAUAACAACAGCCAUGGCUGAGAGGUCACGUGCAUUGUCAACAGUUAAAGGUUAUAGUGGUUAUGGAGCUGAACAAGGUGAAAAACCAUUGAGAGCUGCAAUUGCUUCAAAUUUUUAUGCAGAUGUUGGCAUUGAGGAAGACGACAUAUUUGUGUCAGAUGGUGCAAAAAGUGAUAUAUCUCGUCUCCAGGUCCUUUUUGGGUCUAAGGUUACCAUGGCUGUCCAAGACCCAUCAUACCCGGCCUAUGUGGAUUCAAGUGUUAUUAUGGGCCAAACUGGACAAUUUCAAAAGGAUGUUGAGAAGUACGGAAAGAUCGAGUACAUGAGGUGCAAUCCAGAAAAUGGUUUCUUUCCUGAUUUGUCCAAGGUUUUUCGCACAGACAUCAUAUUUUUUUGUUCGCCAAACAAUCCAACUGGUUCUGCUGCAUCAAGGGAGCAACUAAUUAAAUUGGUACAGUUCGCAAAGGACAACGGAUCCAUCAUAGUUUAUGAUUCUGCAUAUGCGAUGUAUGUCUCUGACAAACCACGAUCCAUUUUUGAGAUUCCUGGAGCUAAAGAAGUUGCAAUUGAAGUUUCCUCGUUCUCCAAAUAUGCUGGUUUCACUGGAGUACGUUUAGGAUGGACUGUUAUUCCUAAAGAGCUCUUAUAUUCGGAUGGGUUUCCUGUGGCCAAGGACUUUAACCGCAUUGUAUGUACUGCUUUCAAUGGUGCUUCCAACAUUGCUCAAGCUGGUGGUUUGGCAUGCCUUUCACCUGAAGGCAUCAAGGCCAUGCAAGAUGUGGUUGGUUUCUACAAGGAAAAUACUCAGAUCAUAAUGGACACGUUCAAUUCCCUUGGAUUUAAGGUUUAUGGAGGGACAAAUGCCCCAUAUGUCUGGGUACAUUUUCCUGGACAAAGUUCCUGGGACGUAUUCAAUGAAAUUCUGGAGAAAACCCAUGUAGUGACUACUCCAGGUAGUGGAUUUGGACCUGGUGGUGAAGGUUUCAUUAGGGUGAGUGCCUUUGGAAACAGGAACAAUGUAUUGGAAGCCUGUAGCAGAUUCAAGCAGCUUUACAAGUGAGAAUUAUUUGUUUGUGUUUCUGCUUGAUCUGUAACGGUGUGAAGUAGACUAUAAAUUGUUGAGCUUUCAUUUCUCUCUCAUUCGUGAGAUAGAUAAAAGCUAAAGAAAUGAGCCCUUUUCAUUUUCUCCUAAACUUUCAAGUAUCAAGAACGAAUUUUUCCUUCCUGUUGUUCUGUAAACAGUCGUCUAUUCUUUCUCCCUACCCUAGGGGGCGCCCUCCUCCCUCCUCUCUUUUGACUCAGAGAAAUAUAAAUAAUCAAGGAAUUAGCUUUGAUCGUCA